AACAGCAGAUGGCCAUGACAAAAACAACAUAGAUACCUGCUAUCACACUCACAGACUUUCAGCUUCCUUUAUCAGAUUUUAAACUCAGGGAUUCUGUGAUUCUUGAAAAAUACCACCAUCUUUUGGACAUUUAUCGCACUUUAAAUGAACAAGCAAUGUCUGCUGUAACGUCUGCAUCUCUCUGCCUGACUUUACUGUCUGUCUGCCUCUUGUUUGUCUCUGCAGACCAGAAAAUCAUCAUAGCUGUGCCGGGACAGACGGUCACUCUGCCAUGUCGAGCUCCAAACAGCGGCAACCCCAUCAUAGCUGCAGAGUGGAGCAGAGCUGACCUGGAGCAAGAAUAUGUCCUUUUUUACCGGGACGAUAAGCUUGAUACAGAAGAGCAGCAUCCGUCUUUUAAGAACCGGGUGGAUCUGCAGGACAGACAGAUGAAGGAUGGAGACAUGUCUCUGAUUCUGAAGGAUGUGACGACUGAUGACUCGGGAGCAUACGAGUGUUACGUGGUCCAGAGAGGAGCGAACCGCAGGAAGAGAGCCAGUCUGGAUAGUGACCCCAUCAGCACCACCUACCUGACUGUUGUUCCUCCAAGCCAGAAAAACAUCACAGCUGAGUCUGGACAGAACGUCACUCUGACAUGUCGAGCUCCAAACACUGUCCUCAUACCAGGUGUAGAGUGGAGCAGACGUGACUUGAAGGCACAAUAUGUGCUUUGGUACUGGGAAAAACAAUUUGUUCCAUAUUACCAGCAUCCAUCUUUUAAGAACCGGGUGGAUCUGCAGGACAGACAGAUGAAGGAUGGAGGCGUGUCUUUGAUUCUGAAGGAUGUUACGACGGCUGAUAGUGGAACAUAUGAGUGUUGUGUCGUCCAUGAAGUAAGAGAAGGUAGAAAGUUGGCCAUUUUAAAGACUGAGCCCAUCAGUGUCAUCCACCUAAAGGUUAUUUCACCAGGUCAGCCAGGAGGACACGGAGAGGAUGGGGCUGUUGGACUAACAGUUGUUAUUGUGCUUUCUAUUGCUCUUUUUGCAACUAUAAUAUACUACAUAAAAAUGAUAGAAAAUACAGAAGGAGAAAAAAACAGCACUUCCCAGACGAGCAGCAAGCUGAAACGCUCCACUCGUGUCACUCGUCCCACCUUUCGUAGCAAAAAGACAGAUGCUUCCAAGACAGAUGUGAGUUCACAGUGACGGGAAUCCAGCAGACAGUAGUCAGCUGUAAAUGUCUAACUUAUCUUGAGUUUGUUUUUUCCAUCUUUGGAGUUUUUCUGGUUCGGAUUGGUGGCGUUUGGGAGUGGGUACGUCUAGUCUGCAAAUAGUUAGAAAUCAACCAUCAUAAUAAUAAGUUAAAAUGACAGUUUUCAUCGUUUUCCUUUGGGGGACACGGAAAUGUCUUUGGAGCGCCUAAAUGUUUUUCUAUGGAGGAAAAGAGUUGUGUUUGUGAAGAUCAUGAGAACAUUUCUGUAGUGAAGUUACCUGUUUUAUCAACUUUCUUCAUCAGUUUUGAUGCAUUUUUUUGUGCCUUUCCCCAGUUUAUAUUGAUUGUGUUAUUUUAUUAUUAAUAAAGUGUGAA